AUGAAGCGUUCGGAUGAGAAACGCGCUAAGUCCCCCAAACCCUCCAAGAAAAAGGUGAAAACAGAUUCGCCGUCGGUAAAGUCUUCCAAGAAGCCGAAACCCUCGGCUACAGCCACAGACGGAGCGGCGAAGAGCUCGCUGCGCGCCGAUGACGACACGUGGAAGCAGCGCGCCUCGAUCGACAAGGACCUCGCCGAUCGUUCUGCCGGCAGCGACGGCGACGCCGCAGACGGCGCUGAGCCGGCCGCUGCCGGCGCGGCCGGCAAGGCAGGGGGGGGCGAGGCCGGCACGGGUGAUGGCUAUGAGGAGAUGACGGGGCUAGUUCUUCGUAACGAGGAGUUUGAGGACGGCAACACGGGCGGCAGCGGCAGUGGCGGCGUGCGAUGCCUGCACGAAGUUGCGUACCCCAAGGGCUGGAAGCUUCCUACCAGCAAGGAAGCUGCGCGGAAACCGCUGCCAGAGAAGCCCGCCAAGGAGUACCCGUUUAAGCUUGACCCGUUUCAGGAAGAGGCCAGAGAGAGAGAGAUUCUUCCACGUCCUUCCCUUUCUCUCCUCCCUUCCUCACACACUCAGGUCUCAGCACACACAUCAGCAGGCAAGACAGUGGUAGCAGAGUACGCGAUAGCCAUGGUGAUGCGGGACAACCAGCGCGUCGUGUACACGUCGCCCAUCAAGCCUCUCCCACUCUCAUUCCCUCCCCCAACUCACUCUCCCCCACUCACUGCGGCAGGUAUCAGCACACACAUCAGCAGGCAAGACUGUGGUGGCGGAAUACGCCAUAGCCAUGGCGAUGCGGGACAACCAGUGCGUCGUGUACACAUCGCCCAUCAAGGCGCUGAGCAACCGAAGCACUCCCACUUUCUUCCCUCUCACUUCCUCUUCCCACUCCUCACCCUUUUUCUCCCGUUCCCUCACUCCCUCACUCCUUGUGUCCAUUAUUCGCAGGUAUCAGCACACACAUCAGCAGGCAAGACUGUGGUGGCGGAAUAUGCCAUAGCCAUGGCGAUGCGGGACAACCAGCGCGUCGUGUACACGUCGCCCAUCAAGGCGCUGAGCAAUCAGAAGUUCCGCGAGAUGAGUCAGGAGUUUGGGGACGUGGGGCUCAUGACUGGGGAUGUCACCAUCGCCCCCAACGCCACCUGCCUGGUUAUGACGACCGAAAUUCUCCGCAGCAUGCUCUAUCGAGGAUCUGACUUCGUGCGCGAGGUGGGGUGGAUAAUUUUCGACGAGGUGCAUUACCUGAGGGACAAGGAGCGAGGGGUGGUGUGGGAGGAGAGUAUCGUCAUGGCUCCCAAGUCCUCCCGCUUCGUCUUCCUCUCCGCUACGGUCCCCAAUGCACGCGAGUUUGCUGAGUGGGUGGCAAAGGUGCACCAGCAGCCGUGCCACAUUGUAUACACAGACUACCGCCCCACGCCCCUGCAGCACUACAUCUUCCCGGCAGGGGGCAUGGGCCUAUUCCUAGCCGUCGACGAGAAGGGCAAGUUCCGCGAAGCUUCCUUCCAGAAGGCGAUGAACGUAGUGGAAGGGGGAGAAGGGGGCGGAGGAAAGGGGGAGGACGGGGAGGACGGGGGGAAGAAAGGGGGGAAGUGGGGGAAGGGGAAGCGGGGGGCAGGAGGGGGCGGCCCGGGGGGAGCCGGGGGAGGGGGAGGGGGGAAGAAAGGGGAGGAGAGUGAUAUAUACAAGAUAGUGAAGAUGAUAAUGCAGAGGCAGUAUGACCCGGUGAUUGUGUUCUCCUUCAGUCGGGCUGAUUGUGAGGCACUGGCGCUGCAGAUGUCACGGAUGGAUUUGAAUGACGAUGAUGAGAAGACGCUGAUUGAUGGGAUCUUCAGGAAUGCCAUUGACAGCCUGGCAGAAGAGGACAAGAAGCUGCCGCAGGUGGGUGAAGCUGCCUCAGGUGCGUGCGUGAAGCUGCCUCAGAUGUCUCGCAUGGACUUGAAUGACGAUGAUGAGAAGACGCUGAUUGACGGGAUUUUCAGGAAUGCGAUUGACAGCCUGGCAGAAAGACAAGAAGCUGCCGCAGGUGAGGGAGUGCAUGAAGAGUGGAUGUCUCGCAUGGACUUGAACGACGAUGACGAGAAGACGCUGAUUGAUGGAAUUUUCAGGAAUGCGAUUGACAGCCUGGCAGAGGAAGACAAGAAGCUGCCGCAGGUGAACAGCAUGCUGCCGCUGCUGCGGAGGGGCAUCGGCAUCCACCACUCGGGGCUGCUUCCGCUGCUGAAAGAAGUCAUCGAAAUCCUCUUCCAAGAGGGGCUGCUCAAGUGCCUGUUUGCCACGGAGACGUUCAGCAUUGGGCUCAACAUGCCGGCCAAGACGGUUGUGUUCACCAACGUGCGCAAGUGGGAUGGCACCAAGUCCCGGUGGCUGUCAGGAGGCGAGUACAUUCAGAUGAGCGGGCGGGCAGGCAGGCGAGGCCUGGACGACCGGGGUAUCUGCAUUCUCAUGGUGGACUCGCGGAUGGAACCAGCCGUUGCCAAGGGGAUGGUCAAGGGCUCUGCAGACCCCCUAGUGAGCCGUUGCCAAGGGGAUGGUCAAGGGCUCUGCGGACCCGCUAGUGAGGUAAAGUGUGCUUCCUGUCUUAUAAAGGCAGUCUACAACCCACCAGUGUACUACAGCGGCAUCUGCAUUCUGAUGGUGGACUCGCGCAUGGAUGGAACCGGCCGUGGCCAAGGGGAUGGUCACAGGCUUGGCAUGGCAGACCCCUUCGUGAGCGCGUUCCACCUGUCGUACAACUUCAUUCUGAACCAGCUGAGGAGUCCAGAAGUGGAGAUAGAGCAGACUAUCAGAAGCUCCUACCGCCAGUUCCAAUCAGACCGAGCAUUACCAGCACUGCAGGAACGCUUACAAGCAUUGGAAGCUGAACAUUCAACAAUCAGCAUCCCCGAUGAGUCGUCUCUCCUCGCCCUCCUCUCCCUCCGCCGCCAACUCUCCGCUCUGAGGGCUCAGAUCCGCUCCUCCCUCACCACUCCCUCUUUACCACAGCCAAACUCUCGCCUUUCCCUGCCCUGCCCCCUUUCUCCCCCCAACAGGCGCGCUUGCAAGCACUGGAAGCGGAGCAUUCAGCAAUCAGCAUCCCUGACGAGUCGCGGCCCCAUUGGGAGUUGUGUAUGGGGCCCCCCAGGCGGCCCCAUUGGGAGUUGUGUAUGGGGCCCCCCAGGCGGCCCCAUUGGGAGUUGUGUAUGGGGCCCCCCAGGCGGCCCCAUUGGGAGUUGUGUAUGGGGCCCCCCAGGCGGCCCCAUUGGGAGUUGUGUAUGGGGCCCCCCAGGCGGCCCCAUUGGGAGUUGUGUAUGGGGCCCCCCAGGCGGCCCCAUUGGGAGUUGUGUAUGGGGCCCCCCAGGCGGCCCCAUUGGGAGUUGUGUAUGGGGCCCCCCAGGCGGCCCCAUUGGGAGUUGUGUAUGGGGCCCCCCAGGCGGCCCCAUUGGGAGUUGUGUAUGGGGCCCCCCAGGCGGCCCCAUUGGGAGUUGUGUAUGGGGCCCCCCAGGCGGCCCCAUUGGGAGUUGUGUAUGGGGCCCCCCAGGCGGCCCCAUUGGGAGUUGUGUAUGGGGCCCCCCAGGCGGCCCCAUUGGGAGUUGUGUAUGGGGCCCCCCAGGCGGCCCCAUUGGGAGUUGUGUAUGGGGCCCCCCAGGCGGCCCCAUUGGGAGUUGUGUAUGGGGCCCCCCAGGCGGCCCCAUUGGGAGUUGUGCGGCGGAAGCAGCAGCUGACGUGGCGUAUGACGUGGACAUUCUCACGCGGUGUGUGGAGGAAGGAAGUGCAGGGCGCAUGGGGCCGCCUGGGGGCCCCAGGAAGGUGGUGCGGCCGUGCAGACCGGGGGAGGAGGGAGGCAAUCCAUUGGUUGCCUCGUUCCCUCUAACUCAGCUGGAUGGCAUAAGCGCAGUGCGCCUCUUUCUCCCAAAGGACCUGAAGCACAAGGAGCCAAGAGAGGCCGCCCUGAAGUCGCUGCAGCAGCUGCUGCUGAGAGCUGGGGCAGAUGGCGUGCAAAUGCUGGACCCUGAAGAGGAUAUGGAG